UACGUAUUGCUUUUCUCCAUUUCCACAUGCUGAAAUUGUGUUUCUUCAUCUGUUUGAUAUACUGGGUGAAAUCAGAUAAGGAGGAAAAAUGUCCUGAAUUUACAGAUCUUAAUAUAGGCAAUGCUUUGUCUGGAACAGAACUCCAAGUCCAGCUACUGCUAUACACAAGGGAAAAUCCAGAUUGUUCUGAGAGACUCAUUGAACAUAAUGUUACUUCAUCUGAGUACCUUAAUAGCUCCAAGAAAACUGUCUUUGUUAUCCAUGGCUUCAGACCAACGGGAUCUCCACCAGCAUGGCUAGGUGAUAUAAAGGAGCUUUUGCUGUCUUCAGAUGAUAUGAAUCUCAUUAUAGUUGAUUGGAAUCGUGGUGCUACAACUGUGAAUUACAUAACUGCUGUUGAAAACUGCAGAAAAGUUGCAGAAAUACUGAAGAACUAUGUUGACCAGAUGCUGGUAGAUGGAGCUUCUCUUGACACUAUGUAUCUGAUUGGUGUUAGUCUUGGGGCUCAUAUAGCUGGUUUUGUUGGCAAGAAGUAUCAUGGGAAAAUUGGCAGAAUUACAGGUCUUGAUCCAGCAGGCCCUUCAUUUACUCGAGAACCACCAGAGGGGAGACUGGAUCGUACUGAUGCACAAUUUGUUGAUGUAAUCCAUUCAGAUACUGAUGCACUAGGUUUCAAGCAACCUUUAGGAACCAUUGAUUUCUAUCCUAAUGGAGGAAUGGAUCAGCCUGGUUGUCCACAAACAGUAUUCAGCGGAUUUCAGUAUUUUAAAUGUGACCAUCAAAGAUCUGUCUUCCUCUUCUUAUCAUCUUUGAAAAGAGUGUGCAACAUAAUAACAUAUCCUUGUGACUCUUACUUGGAUUUCAAGAGAGGAAAAUGUGUUGAUUGUGAAGCUUUCCAGCCAAUGUCCUGUCCAGUACUGGGUUAUUAUGCUGAUAGAUGGAAAAAACUUUUAAUCCCAAAGAGUUCAUCAACGAAAGCUUAUUUUGAUACCUCGGACCGAGAGCCAUUCUGCAUGUAUAACUACGUACUGGAUAUUACUACCUGGAAUAAAAGCAUUAGGAGAGGUUUCAUUAAAGUUAAAAUAACAGAUAGUACUGGAACCACAGUAGAAUCAGAGAUGAAUGGUGAAGCUUCAACAUUUCAGCAAUAUAAAAGAGUCAAAAUACUAACUGGAUUUUACCGAGACCUUGAUGAAAUAUCAAAAAUUUCCAUGACCUUUUCCACGAAGACUUUAAUAGGCCCAAAACACAAGCUUAGGAUUCUCCAGAUGAGGCUGAAAUCUCUUAAUAACCCAGAAAGGCUGCAGCUGUGCAGAUAUGAUUUUGUACUGAUGGAGAACACUGAACUGACCUUCAAACCUAUCCCUUGCCCAGAGAGUGGUACACGAGGAGAGAGAUUCUACUAG